AUGCCGCCCUUGUAUCCUUCGCCUGGGCCUUUCCCAAACCACCGAGCACUGAAUGCGGUGGGAAAAGACCAGUUGCUGAAGGCAUAUUACGAGACCGCCAGCAAUCGUGCACUGCCCGGGAGACAAUCAUCACAGGAGAUCCGGGGCGAAAACUUUCUGAACGUGCACAACAUCGGUCAACGAAGCACCAAGUAUUUACCCUGGACGCGAAACUUUGCACCGCUGACCACUCGUGCCUCCUGUCAUCACACGCAGUCGUAUGUGCCCUUGCCCUUGGGUGACAACAAGAUCAACACUGAUCUUGCACGAUCCUUCAAGCAGGGCUGGCAGCAAAGUAAGGGAGGCAGUAUGGCCGCGAUGGACAACACCACCAUGUAUGAAGAUGACUAUGCUGGAUGCAGCACCAAAGAUCUGAAAGGUGCUAGGCCGCCCAACCGGAAGCCGCCACAGACGCUGACCGCAACUGUGGCGCCACCUGGAGAUUUGCUGGAAAAUCAGUCCCACGAGCAUCGCAAUUUUCAGAAACCCCGUGCGGACCUGGCAAAGAAUGAGCGCGUGCCGCCGCCACGGCAAGCCUUAGAGAUGGGGGGAUCUGCCAUUGAUCCGCCCAAGAAAACUGCUUAUGUCAGAGAACAUAUCUGGCUUCGACCUCUCCAAGAGCCAGAGCUGUAUUUCACGGAGAAAGAAAAGAAGCACGGACGGCAGCUCAACAUGGACGUCCUGAAUGUGCGGCGCAAUCCCUACACAAGCCCUGGAAAUUAG